UCCCCUUGACAAAGAAAAGAUCCCAGAUUCCAUAGCAAUUGAAAGCUUUGUCAGUAAAUCUUGCAACGUCCAAUCUCGGUUCCCGAUUAAGUAUUAUUUUUCUUCUUCAACAAAUUUGUGGGUUCUACCGUAGCCUUACCAGAUUUUGAAAGGACCCAGAUGGGUAAAGAAAGUCUUUGCUUUUGAUACUUUCGAAGAAGAUAAAGAGGGGCUUUGAUACUCCCAUUUGCGGAGAAAGAUGAAUCCUAGACGGGACUUGCGCAACAACAAAGUUGCCCUUUUUGAUGGCGUCGAGGAAGGUGGCAUAAGAGCCUCGUCUUCUUACUCGCACGAAAUAGAUGAGCAUGAAAAUGAAAGGGCAAUGGAAGGAUUGCAGGACAGAGUCAAUCUGCUGAAGAGACUUUCAGGCGACAUACACGAGGAGGUGGAUAGCCACAAUCGCAUGCUGGAUCGUAUGGGAAAUGAUAUGGAUUCAUCGAGGGGAAUACUCUCAGGAACCAUGGACAAGUUUAAGAUGGCAUUCGAGACGAAAUCAAGCAGGAGAAUGUUUACGCUGGUGGCAUCUUUUGUGGUGGUUUUCCUUGUGAUAUACUAUCUUACUAGGUAACUGGUGUGGUGUAUUUGAUACAACUGCAAGCUUUAUAUGAGAAUUUGGAAGACCCUUUGCUUCUAGUACAUGGUUACUUGUAAACAAUGUGCUUCCUACGUGUAUGAUAUUUUCUCAUGUUUGUAUAAAGAUGUUUCGAUAUGAUAUCAAACAAGCUGGCCUUUGAUAGCAG